AUGGACAGCUCCGACCUGUUCUCGUCGUCGCCCGUCGAGGAACCAGCCUACUUCGGCCGCGACGAGCGACCCAAGACUCCCAAGACGCCGACAGCCAAGACGCCGCAACGGACGCCGCCUACGCAACAGCAGCAGCAGCAGCAGCAGCAGACACAUCCUUUCGAUGCUGAGGAGGCCCGCGAUGCCACUCUACAGCGCGAGCUCGAGGGGGUGCGCCAGAUCAACAAGGUCAUCGAGGGCGUGAUUGGCACAUUGGAGCAGUCACGGGGAAACAUGAGUACCGUCGCACAAACCGUCGGCAACGCAUCGGCACUGCUCAACACCUGGACACGCCUGUUGUCGCAGACGGAACACAACCAGCGCCUAUUGUUAGACCCACAAUGGCAGGGUGCGACACAAGACCUCCGUGCCCUCGAGGCCGAGGCCCUGCAGCGUCAACAAGAGGCCGAGCGGCGCGCCGCCGAAGCACAGCGAAAACGCGACGAGGCGAAGCGCAAGGCCGAGGAGGAGGAGGAGCGGCGGCGGCUGGCAGCGCCCUCAGCAUCGUCCGCAUCAAGAGGAACCUCAUCGAGGGGAAGGGGCUUACGAGGUGGUGUGCGCGUUGGCAAUAGAGGCGUCGGGCGGACAACAUACGGGAUAUCCACACGGGGCGUGGGCAGCCGGACUGGCAGCUCUGCGACGGGAACGGGCAGCACAACCACCUUCAGUGGCCUGACCCGAAGCAACAGCACAAGCGCGAGCAGCAACGCACGCAGUGGGUCGAACAUUGGCCGUGGCAUACCAAGAGGAACACGAGCCAGCGGGCACGGUGUACGAUGA